UUUAUUUCCGAUCGCGUUGUUUCGAAAUCUAUAAUCUUGCUUCUCAUACGAUGUAGCAAUUUAUUUAGCGUAAAAAACCUUGUUUACAUUGUGGAAAGUUUACUGAGGAAUUUUGACGAAACAGUGUGCGCUUCUGAAACAAUGCAUCGUUGGUGGAUAUCUAAUAGCAAUAAAAUUUUAUGAAGACAACUAAUUGCACAGAAAAUGAAGCAGAAGAGGCAAACUGGUGCCAGUGGAAUGGUACAAGCAUCUAAUGUGACUAGUGCACAACUUACAAGUCAUUCUAAGAAAUGGAUGAAUUCAAAGGAACUUCAUGCAUAUGAUGGUCCACUGCAAUAUGGUAUGUCUCAAACAAACACAGACAUAGAAGCCUAUGGAGACAAACAAAAUAGUGAAGGAGUUUCUGCAGUGGUAGUUACCGAAAGAAAUAUGUACGAAAGUUCACAAAGUACCGAUUGUGCUGAUGAAGAGUCAUCACCUGUAGAUCAUUUACCCUCGGAAUUUGUUCCGUUUGGUUCCUCACCACUUCGAGUAGGACCAUCAGAAGGACCUACUACUCUUAUUAAUAGAGAUAAUACUUCCAGUCCAGAAUUAGAAGGCAAUGUGGAGGGAAAUAUCGAACAGUUCGUAUUACAACCUGCAAACAAGAAAAUGCAUUAUAAAUGCAGAAUAACUCGCGAUCGAAAGGGUAUGGACCGUGGCCUUUACCCAACUUAUUUCUUGCAUUUAGAACGUGAUUACGGAAAGAAGAUUUUUCUAUUGGCUGGCCGAAAGAGGAAAAAAAGCGCGACAAGCAAUUACCUGAUUUCAACUGAUCCUACGGAUCUUUCGAGAGGAGGAGAAUCUUACGUCGGUAAGCUUCGAUCGAAUUUUCUGGGGUCGCAGUUCACGGUUUACGACAACGGAUAUUCAUUGAUGAAGGAUGACAAACGCGACGAGCGUUCGAAUCCGCGACAAGAAUUAGCCGCGGUGGUGUAUGACACUAACGUUUUAGGUUUUAAAGGACCACGUAAAAUGACGGUCAUUAUACCGGGAAUGACUUCCGAUCAAAAGAGGGUGGAAAUUUGCCCGCGAGAUGAGUCAGAGACAUUGCUUGAACGCUGGAAACUGAAACACAUGGAUAAUUUAAUAGAAUUACACAAUAAGACUCCUGUAUGGAAUGAUGACACACAAUCGUAUGUGCUGAACUUUCAUGGACGAGUAACUCAGGCAUCUGUAAAAAAUUUUCAAGUUGUUCAUGAUAGUGAUGUGGACUAUGUUGUAAUGCAGUUUGGUCGCGUCGCCGAAGAUGUUUUUACAAUGGAUUACAGAUUUCCUCUUUGUACAGUCCAAGCAUUUGCCAUCGCUUUGAGUAGUUUCGACAGUAAGUUAGCCUGUGAAUAACAACAAGGCCGAUCGAUCGUGAACAAUCACUUAAUAAUAUAUACUUGCCUACAAAUUAUAUCACUUUAAGUAGUUAGCUUUCUAAUGGACAAUCAGUAGAGAUUUACCUGAUAUCACUCUGAUACGGUAAAAGACGGUAUCAAACUGUCUGUUACAAGAACUCGAUCGCGUGUGGGGGGGAAACGUGAAAUGAGAAUUGAUAUAUACGUAUGUGUUCACUUUUCUGUAUUUCAUCAUAACACGAGUAUAUUUACGAGAAUAUUUCAGAUUUACUUUUAUUAUUCACAAUUUUUAUUAGGUUUUUCGUAAUUAAUA